AUGCAGGGCGGGCUCGCCCUUGACCUCAGCCCGCUGAACUCCAUCGUCGUCGACGCCGAUGCUGGCACUGUAACCGUCGGACCGGGCGUUCCAUCCGCGGACGUCGUCGACCCCGUCUUUGAAGCGGCAACUGGCAUCUGCAGCUGCGUCGGCCUAAUCGGGGCAACCCUCGGCGCAGGCAUCGGACGCCUCUCCGGAACCCACGGGCUCAUGAUCGACGCCCUCCUUUCGGUCCGUGUAGUCACAGCAGACGGGUCACUCCUCAUAACCUCGGAAACCUUCAAUCCAGACCUCUUCUGGGGUAUUCGCGUCGCCGGGGCGAAUCUUGGAAUCGUCACGGAACCUACAUACAGACUCACCCCGGAAACGAGCACAUACACCAGCGUCGACCUGGUCUUCCCCGCGGGAUCGAAUGGGACUGUCUUGGACUGGUUCGCGGACGUCGACAUCUCCGCCAAAUGGGCGAUUGGGAUGUCGAUGGGGUUCAGUGAGGAGGCGGGGGGCGCCGCGCUCUCUGUGAAUGUCGUCUACCAUGGCCCUCGCGAGGAGGCGCUUCCCGUUCUGAGCCCGAUACUACACAGUGACCCGGGUCCGAUUCGAUCCAGUGUGCAAGAAGUCCCCUGGAACAGGCUUAGUGCUUCGACGGGGUUUGGGUCAGACGCGCAGACUUGCGUCAAGGGGACCAUUCAAGAUAUCCACGGGGUGAACAUUCGGGAGAGAGAUGUGGGGAGUUUGGGGGAGGUCUUUGAGCUGCUCAGUACGUUCUACGCGGAGUAUCCGGCUGGUCGGGGGAUCGGGGUUGGCUUUGAGGGGUGGUCGAACGAGGCUGUUGUUGCUGUGCCGGAUGCGGAGAUGGCGUUUCCCUGGAGGGAUGCUCAGGUUUAUACACUGAUCCGAGCAACCUGGACGCCCGGCGACACAGCGACACAAAACACCGUGACCUCACUGGCCCUGGACAUCCGCUCCAGAUUCGCAGCGACGUCUGGUUACGGCGGGUUGGCCGUGUACGUCAACUACGCUUAUGGCGACGAGACGCUCGAGCAGAUGUACGGGGCACGCAAGCUGCGGCGGCUGAGUGCUUUGAAGAGGAGGUAUGACCCUGACAACGUGUUCAGGUUUCAUCAUGCGUUGCCGAGCACGUAUCCUUAGACAAUUCGUUUUCUUCGGGGGGUAGUUGGUUACACGUGGUGCCUGGGGAGGGAGAGGUCUAGAGUCUGGCUGGGUCAAGGGCACAGAAAGGGGAUGUAGUUGGGUUUCAUAUGGGACUUGGACAGAUACGAUAAUGGGAAUAAUGCC